GUGGCAAUCGAAGCACCCUCACCUCAAAGAUUUGAGCGACCGUGCGGGCAACCAAGUUCGCCUGCAUACGUGCACGGCGCACAGAAGCCAACCUGAAGCUACAACAUGGGACAAACUAACCAAGCCAACCAAGGCGACGCCAUCGCGACCAGUGGUUUCAUUGGGCCCAACGCGGGGCAUGCGUAUGCUCUCACUGGGCUCUUGCUACCCUGUUUUGACGAGGUCGAACCUCCUGCAAGUCAAUCGACCAUGUCACGCCCAUCGACAAACUGCCUGCCCACACCAGGAAAGAUGAUAGGGAAGAAGAGACAGGUCCGUCUCGCAGGGGCACGUCUUGACGACCGCCCUUUGGAAGGGGUGCAGGACGGUUGGGGGCCACAGGUCUCAGAAACCCGUUGUAUGUCGUGGCACGUAGCAGCUUCAAUCUGCAGAUGCUGGGUUUCCGAGCCGCGUGCGUUGCAGACGAAACAAAUAAAUCCAUAUUUGCUGACGGGAGCCCAGCGACGAAGGAACCAAGCAGCUUCGGGGGAAGGAUGAUUGGCCGGGUGCGAGUGCCCAGGCCGCCAUCCCCCCC